CCCGCUGCGCUGGGCUGGAGCUCACCCGUUACUCCAGAGCUGAGGAGAGUCAGCGGCGCCGAACCAAGACUGGACAGCGAUCAAGCCUCGUGGUUGGGGUCAGUGAUAACAUUAGGAGCUGCUGCUGGAGGAAUACUAGGAGGCUAUCUUGUGGAAGUUGGGAGAAAGCUGAGUCUAAUGCUGUGUUCAGUACCAUAUGUUUUUGGAUAUAUAGUUGUUAUAUCUGCUCAGAAUGUUUGGAUGCUUUAUUUUGGAUGGAUGCUGACAGGCUUAGCCAGUGGAAUUACUUCACUUGUUGCUCUGAUGUGUAUAUCUGAAGUAUCUCAUCCUAAAGUCUGUGGUAUGCUGGGCUCUUGUGUUCAGGUGAUAGUGGUGAUUGGCAUACCGGGAGCCUACAUUGCAGGAGUAAUGCUAAAAUGGUGCUGGUUGGCAGUGUUGUGUUCUGGUCAAUCCUGCACAAUGCUAUUGUUCAUGUCCUUCAUGCCUGAAUCACCAAGAUUUCUGCUGAAUUGGAACAAACGCUCAGAAGCGAUGGCUUCUCUGAGCUUUUUGCGGGGACCACACGCAGACCAUGAAUGGGAAUGUAGGCAGAUUCCAGCUGGUGUUCAGGAAGAGGGACUAUAUCUCUCUGAAUUUAAGAUCCCCUCAAUCUACAGGCCACUUCUUACUGGUGUGGCUUUAAUGUUCUUCCAGCAAGUAACAGGCAUUAAUGCAGUUAUGUUUUAUGCAGAAACUAUCUUUGAGGAUGCAAACUUCAAGGACAGCGGGAUGGCCUCUGUUGUUGUGGGUUCCAUACAGGUAUGUUUCACUGCUGUGGCUCCACUUAUCAUAGAUAAAGCUGGAUGAAGAGUGCUGCUUUGUGUAUCUGGGAUAAUCAUGGCUCUCAGUACUGCAUUGUUUGUGCUUUACUUUAAAAUGGUCCUUCCAAACAACGCAUAAAAUCCUGAUGUAUUCUUCACUCUAAAUUCAGCAUCUCCAGGAACAGAAAGCAGCAUAUCCUGGCUUGCAGUAGUGAGCCUAGGUCUCUUUGUUGUUGGUUUUGCCCUUGGCUGGGGCCCUGUUCCUUGACUGGUGGUAUCUGAAAUCUUCCUACUUAAAGCUAGAGGCAUAUCGAGUACUGCUUGUGUGUUAACAACCUGGAUGAUGGCCUUGGUAACCAGAGAAUUUAAUGAUUUUACACGUUUCUUAACAUCCUCUGGUAUGUUCUGGCUCUUCUUGGCCUUCUGCCGCCUCAGUGUAACUUUUACAGCCUUCUGUGUUCCUGAAACAAAAGGACAGACCCUGGAACAAAUUGAGGCCCGCUUCAGAAGAUCUUAA